AUGGCACUGAACAGACCGCCCAUCGUCACUAUCGUCGCGUGUCUGAUGCCCGAGAUGGGCAUCGGCUACAACGGCAAGCUUCCCUGGAGGCUUAAGCAGGAGAUGGCCUACUUCCGGCAGGUCACCAGCGCGACCUUCGCAGACGGCAAGCGCAAUGCGGUGAUCAUGGGCCGCAAGACGUGGGAGUCAAUACCGCCAAAAUUCAGGCCGCUCCCGGACCGCGUCAACGUCGUUGUCUCACGUCAGUUUGCAGAGGAUCUUGCGCCUGCGCAGAGCAGCGCGCCCGGCAGCAAGCUCAGCAGCCACGCUGGCGCUGCCGCGCCGGCGUCCCCCGCGCUGUGGCUCAGCAAUUCGCUCACCCGCUGUCUCGACCUGCUUCCGCAGCGCGUGCCAGACCUUGAGCGUAUCUACGUGAUUGGCGGCGCCGAGAUCUACGCCCAGAGCAACAGCCUGUGUGACUACAUGCUCAUCACCAAAAUAGAACCCGAAUCCGCGACCGAAAGGCCGCCCAUGGAUGCUUUCCUUGACACUCAAUCUAUCCAUGCCCUGUUCCAGCACGACCAAAGUUUGCCUUCCUUCCUACCGCCCGCCGUGAGUCUUCCCGCAGACCCCUACAUCAGCGAGAAUGGCUAUCGCUACAAUUUCGCACUUUACAGGCGCCGCAGUGAACCAAAAACAGAUCUGAAAACUAAAGAAUGUGCGCCUCAGAAAUGA